CAGUCGGUCAGUUUCUCUCACUCGUCGGCAUUCGUUGUUUAAAUUUCUUUUAACUAAUUGUAAUUUAAACAUGUAUGCAUAUGUACGAUGACCGUUCGCCCCACCUUUCGAAUGAUCCGACAUUACCGUUCUUUUUCAAAGAUCGAAUUAGAUCGUUUCAUCAUUCGGCAAUUACGAUCGUCAUAAAUGACAAUCUGAAUCAUAUUAUUACUCUUCGAUAUAUGCGCAAGCGGGAAAGUACGUAGACAAGUAGUAUACACAAAGUACAUAUGAAACGAUUAUCAUCUAAUUAAGAGUACGUGUAAACUGAUUUAUAUCGGUCUUAUGAAAUCUCUUACGACAUAACGAACGAUUAGAUAAAGCGAACUUAUACUGGAGUACCAUUGAGUUCCUAUCAGUCUUCUUUCUGCUUGCCAAUAUUAGACACAGUCCUUAGGCAAUUCAACAAUUGUCAAGUCAAGCUAUUACAUCGAUCAUGACUUCUUUGGACGCCAGUGCGAUCGACAUAGUGAGGAGGGAUCUGUUCGUUCCCUCUCUCGAUGAAAUAAGAGACGUCUUGAAGGAGGGAUUAGUUAAGAACUUUGGAGAAGUCGAGGUAGAAAUCGUCGACUGCCCAGAUUUAACGCAGGAACCGUUUACACUCGCUGCAUCAGGAUUAAAUGGUAGCCCGACGGUGUUGGAAAUCGGUGGUCCAUCGUUUCUUCUUCCUAUGGUACAGAGGGAGAAGGUGUACGACGUGCAACAGCUUCUGAAUCAUCUGCAAUACGGAAAAGACGCGCUGGUGAUCGGAGCAGGGGCUGGGCCAUGGCCAUACUUGAAGUCUAACUGCGAGCUCAUGACGAACAUGGUCGUCUCGCAAUCGAACGUACGAAACGAGACUCGUAUUGCGUCCGUGAACAAGACCAAUGGAAAUUGCGUGCUUGGAACUUUACCCAGCUCUGAAACGAGACUCGCUCUGUUGGCCAAUCUAUUUGUUUCCGAAGGUAAACCUGGGAAAGUGUUGAAAGUGCACGCCAAGAAACGCACUGGUAACGACGAUUUCAUUGCGUCUAUGCAGAAGGCAAUCGCGCAGCGUUAUCAAGACAAUCUCGUUGGAUUGGGAGGAACGUUCUUGAUGAAGGAUGGAAAGAUCAAACAGCACGUCAUGCCAGAUUUCUCAACCACGCCAUUGAACACCGAAGCUAAACUGAACAAAUGGCUACAGUUUUAUAACAUGUCGACCCCGUUGAUAGCGGUUGGCACGUUCGUCAGCUCUGAAACUGAUCUGGAUCUGCGCGUUCAACAUUUCCACAGCUUCUCACAUCAUGGAGAAGGUGGACAUUAUCACAUCGAUACGACCCCGGAAACUAUCGAAUAUCUGGGAUACUUCAACCUGGGUACCACGCUUUACCGUAUCGACAAACCGGCGACUGGUGUACAGUUCGGAAAAGAUUAAUUUUCCAUUCUACAUGACGUUCUAUAAGACGCUAACAGCUGUACAAAUUGUACUCCGACUAUGAAUAAGAAAACUAUAUCUUUGUAAUUGUCUACUCGCUGCUAAUACAAUCGUUAUUGAAGCAAUA